CGAGAACACCGAUAUUGCCACACAGUGCCAACUUGUGCUUGUGCUGCGCUACAUUGAUGGCAAAAGCAACGUACAGGAGAGGUUUUUUUGCUUUUAUUCAUCUACAUUCAACUACAGCUGAUUCCAUCACUACAGCACUAAAAGAGCAUCUUACUGUCAUCCUUCCAGAGGAUCAGAAGAGUAAACUCAUCUCCCAAGCGUAUGAUGGAGCCAGCGUGAUGAGAGGUGCCACUGCAGGUGUUCAAAGGAAGAUUCAAGAUGUGUACCCAAAUGCCCAUUACAUCCACUGCUAUGCUCAUCAGCUCAAUCUAAUAAUGCAAAAGGCCACUUCUCACAUACCCAAAGUUAGAAUUUUUUUUUCUAACCUUGGAGGAUUUGCCAGCUUUUUUUCAAGAUCACCCAAGCGCACAGAUGUUCUUGAUAAAGUAGUUGCCCAUAGACUACCAACAUCAAGCAGUGUUAGAUGGAACUUCCACAGCCGUGCCAUCAAUACAGUGUUUGAGCACAGAGAGGGCCUCAUUCGCUGUUUUGAAACUAUUCGAGACUCAGGUGACUUUGACCCUGUUACCACCAGAGAGGCAGGAGGCUUUGCCAUGCUGCUGGAGGAUCAGGAUUUUAAAAUCUUUCUGCAAUUUUUCCACAAUAUCAUGCCACACGUGGAUAUCCUCUAUGCCAAACUCCAGAAGAAGGACAUAGAUUCAGUCCACAUUAAGGGGAGCAUCCAGCAGGACAUACAGAAGAUCAGAAAUUCUCUCCAUUCUCUGGUUAACCAAAGCAGUGAAGGAGCUUCUCAACCAAAGAGGCGGCAGUCGCUUAGUCCAGAGGUCCAUGAACGGAUUGCAACAGAGGUAAGUUUAUUGGAGUCCUUGUUACUCUGCAGUUUUUCAUAGAAAAGCU